AACUGGUUUUGCGUCUCUGGGUAGCCAUAGUUCAUAGAUUUUAUUUCUCAUAUCGUUUACUUAACUCAUCAUUAAAGACAGUGACUUGCUUUCUGCUCUGUGGUAGUUGUAUAAAAGUAGGUUCUAUACUACAUCAUUAAAGACAGUGACUUGGUUUCUGCUCAGUUACAUUGUAUACAGUAUGUUUUUAACAAAAUCCGAUUACAUUAAUGAUGUUGUUAGGAAAGUUGAUAGCUUUUUUUGGUGUAAUAAGUUAGGAUUUGACAUUUCUUGUUGGGAGUUCACCCUUAAGUGUUUCUAGACUUCACUUCAGCCUAUAAAAUCUAUUCUCUUAUCUCUUCUAUCUCAUAACUCUUUCUCCAUUGUAUCUAUUAUCUUUCUCUCUUCUAUGGAUCCAAGCAAUGUUCCUAGUCAGUCCGCUAGCUACGUAGGACUGCUUCACUCCCAACAAGGAAGCGUUUAUCAUGAAAACUUCCCUUAUGGAAGUUUUCAUUCUAGUGUCAACUUUGCAGAAUCCGAUACAUUUCCGGCUUUCAGUUCUCAGCAACCUGAAGAUGCACCAGUACACGCAGAAGCUGCCCGUCCUGUAAGACGCAAGUGGACCCCUGCAGAUGACGAGGUGCUGAUCAGUGGGUGGCUCAACACUUCGAAGGAUUCAAUUGUUGCAAACGAGCAGAGGUCGGGGGCCUUCUGGAUACGGGUUGCUAAGUAUUAUGCAGACAGUGUUCAUGGAAGAGAGGAUGGUGUGAGAGAGCACGGUUGUUGCAAGAAGAGGUGGCACAGAAUCAAUGAUGAUGUUAACAAGUUCUGUGGCGCAUACUCGGCAGCCCAGCGCCAAAUUAGCAGUGGUGAGUCUGACACAGACGUUCUGAAGAAAGCGCAUGAAAUUUUCUUCUCUGAUCAAGAGCACAAGUUUGCACUUGAACAU